AUGGUAAGGUUUUAUUGUUGGUACUGUAAAUCAUACCUUACACAUGACACUGCCAGUGUGCGGAAAUCACAUCUUCUAGGAAAGAACCACAUACGGCUUGUGGCCGACUAUUAUAGAAACAUAUCCUUGAUCGAAGAAUCCAAGAAGCUUAAACGUACGAAGAAUAGGAAACCGCACGAGAAAGAAGUCACGGAAUCAAGAAAUGCUCCCCGAUGCGUGAUACAUUGUCCGACGAAUAGGAGGAAACGCAUGAUGAAAAUAACGAAGAAUAAAGACACUUUAGAUGAUCUUGAUGUACUUGAUGCAAUUUACAAAGGAUCUCCAGGUUACGAACGAAUUUUCAGACCAGAGAACCGAAUAGAUAUUGGUCAUUUGUUAAAAGUGAGUAAACAGCCACAAAGAGGAAACGUAAACCGUAAUAGUGUCGCAAAACCAACUUUAAACGAAUCUACGUCCGUCCUCCCACCUCCAAGGACGUUGGCCUGGAAUAAUACUUACUCGAUGAAGUUUCAUGAUCCGUCUCUUCUUCAGAAGUCCAUUAAUCAUACUGUGAAGCAGUUGAAGAGGUAA